CCUACGGGAUAUCCGGGACCGUUCAGUGCUGCGUCUAUUUGAGUCGACAGACAUCGGGGGUGGCGCGUUCCCGGGAGUCGUGGGUGUAGGUUCUGUGCCCAUGCCUGCCGGAGCGGCCACCUGUUCUGGCCCUUCGAGCUGGGAUCAGGACCAGAACUACUUCAGCGAGCCCGAAAUGGAUUCCGAGUACCAUCACCAACAUGUACACAAGUCGAAGGUGAAGGCGCCUGCUUACUACAUCGGCACGCAGGCCCCGAGCACGCUGCCCCGCGGUGGCUCCCUGAUGCGCGCCUUUUCGCCGGCGGCGCCGCCGGUGCCCGCCGACCGCGUCAAGAACCUACCUGCCGGUCCCCCAGCGCCAGCCAAGCCAUUGCGUUCAUACAUCCCGGGCAGCGGGUCCGAACGAUGUUUUCCGUUCGCCGCGGAGUGCCCGCGGGGCCCCGACCAACUCUACACCAUCCCUGGAUCGAAUGGUGGUACAGGGCACGCCGGCGAGGGCUACAUGUCGUCGCCGGAGCGCGGCGGGCCGCGCGCGCCCUACGAGGACCCGUACUACACCCAAUACCUGGGCCCGGCUGCCGUCAGGCCCAACAUCACGCCCAUCAUCGACGAGGAAGCUGGGGAUGGGAUCAUAGAUGAUGCCUAUCAAAUGUACGGAGUCAACCCCAUCACCACCGCUCCGAGGCCGAUGCCUCGUCCGCCAUACGACGCCAGGCUGACCACACAAGUUGAUGAUAUGCAACGCCUCCGCGUUGAAAAGAUGGAGCGGCAGCUUGCCAAUUUGACGGGCCUGGUGCAGAAGGCACUGCAGGUGCCAGGCCCCGCCGCCCCGCCGGCCGCUGCGCCGCGCCAAGACUUCCCCGCCACCUUCUCAGCUCGACCACCAACCACUGAUGCCGCGAGAUUUGCCAGCAACGAGAGACCCCCUAAAUUAGGGAGAGAUAAAUUUCAGAAGUCAGUGUCAUUUGAGAAAUCGGUAUCAUUUAGCGAUGACCCACCUGACAUGAACUCCCCCAAACAACAUUCGCCACAGCAUUCAGAGCGCGACCGCCUGAAGCCCGCUCCUCCGCCGAAGCCGGCCGGCCUGGUGGGCCAGCAGCUGGCCCUCGUGUCUCCCAGGACGUACACCAUCAACGUUACUCCUGAUUUCUUCAACCAGCUCCGCGUUCUGCAGAAGCAGAGCCGGGACCUGAGGAUCGAGACACGAAAUUUGCGUCGGUCAACGCUGACCCAUGCCAUCCAGAUGCGCCAGCUGAUGGCUGAAACCAUCGUGAAGAUUGGUGCCAUUGCUGCUAGUUUCUGCGAGCAGGACCCUGACUCGCAACUGACCCGCGAGGAAGAGAUCUACCGCCAAGACAUGCUUCUGCUCGAGAACGACUUGUACGAGCUGGAAGCUACGGUGGAGCGUCUGCGCGGGCAGGCUGCUAACAGGGAGACCCGCGUGAACAUGGCGGACAUCGAGCGCAUCGCUAUGGUGCUCUCCAAGAGCAGCAAGACGGUGGCCGACUGGAAGCUGAAGUUCCCCAUCCUACAGGAGACCAUGAAGGUCAAGCUCGCCGCUGAGAUGGAGAAGGUGGUCCGCAAAGAGAAGAUGCUGGAGGAAGAACCAGAGCGCCUGGAGCUGGCUCUGCGUCGCUGCAAGAAGCUGACCGGAACCCUGGUCACUCUAAAGAGGCUGGCCUGCGUGCAAGAGCAGCGCCUGCCGAUGGCCGACGGCCGCUCGUCCCCGGGCUCCUCCCAAAGCUCCACCACCUUCACCCCGGGGCCUUCAUCCGACGAGUUCGCCUCCGAUAGCACCUGCCAACUGCCGCAGGUCCAUAACAAGGGUCCCGUCGGGUGCAACGGGCGAGGCUCGGGCCGAGACGUGCGGCCGGAGAACGCCCUCGACGCUCUACUAGACGAGCUGCAGACGUUCGCCAAGCCGGGCGAGCGCGCGCGCGGCGACGGGCCGCUGCGGCGCCUGCACUCGUACCCGAGCGGCAGCGACACCGACGCGUCGCCGCCCGUGCGCGCGCGCGGCCAGCACGCGCCCAAGCCGCCCGUGCCCGAGCGCCACCCCGAGCUGCUGGCGCUGGCCGCGCGCCGCCCGCCCCCGCCCCCGCCGCGCACCUCCUCGCGCUCGCCGCUCGCCUCGCCGCCCUCCCCCGCCUCGCCCGCCUCCCCCCAGCGCUCCGACUCCGCCAACUCCGAGCCCGACGACAAGUCCGCCUGCCGCCAGGCGCUGCUCGAGCACCGCCACCAGGAGCUGCUGAAGAAGCAGAAGGCGCUGCAGGAGCAGUACGCCCGCCUGCAGAUGAUCCAGCGCAGCGGGCCCGCGCUGCCGCCGGCCGCGCAGCCCGACCUCAAGAAGACGGGCAGCGAGUCCAACCUGCUCACCAAGAUGAGCCUCAACCUGGCGGCCGCCGCCACCUCGGGCAGCAUGACGCACCUGGCCGGCGACUGCGAGCGCGCCAAGGACCCGCUGCUGGCGGACAAGCCCACGCUGGGCCCCAAGCCGGUGGAAUCGGUCGCCACUACCAAUAAAGUUUACGAGACUGACAUACUGUGACCUAGUUACCGCUUUAUGGCAUCCGUAUUAGUUCUAGUUUCAUUCGCGAUAACGAAACGAGUAGAUGCGAUAGCCACACCUAAAUACCCCCCCAAAAGUCACGCUUCAUAGUAUAGGCUUUGUCUUUUCUGUUUAUCUCAUUUUUCCGCGUUAGCUGAUCCAAAAUCCUCAACACUAAUAAUUGACCGUUUAAAAAUGAUGAAAUAUGGACCGCCGAUUACAUAUUUUCAAUAUAAUAAUAUAGUACUGUUGCAAAGAACAAAAAAAAAUCCAAAAAAAUCGAUAAAUGUUUAGCACUUCAGAUGUCAAUAUUGGCAUAAUGUCGUAAGUCUGUAAUCUACUUUAAUUAGAAAAUUUUGAAAGAUUUUAAGCCAUUUCGGCUUUUAUUUCACCAUCAGUCCCGUUUUGUACAUAGGUAACAUUUGUUGUAACCUAGCUCCUUUUCUAUAAUUAUACUAUCGAGUAACCUAUAAUCUAAGCAUUUUCUUAAAUUAAGUGCCAAACUAUUUCCGAUGUCCUCUUCAAAAGUGAAACUUUAAGCAACGACUUCUCGCCCCUGCGCCAGCGCCGCCGCGGGCUUAUUCUCUUAAGUUCAACUUCAACAAAUUUACUUUCUGUACAACGAAAAUUAAGUUGUAUAACUAUAAAAAAGUACUAGCAAAAUUCUUCUAUAGUCAUUGAGUUAUAAUGUACGAGUAAUAUUACUUCAAUGUCUAUAGUAAACUAUUUAAUAUUUUUGACGGCUCGUUUUAUGAAUAUUUAAUCAUUACUCGACUGUGAUACGAAGUUACCUAAUUAAAAUGCGUAAGAAUUGAAUUCAUUUUUUAACUCUACUAUUUAUAUUUUAGUGCCCUUCCCCAUAUAAGUUCGUCAUCAACUGUGUUUAUUUUUAUUACGAAUUAUGUCAAUUUGACAUAAUAUAAAAAAAUACUUAGUUGUAAAAUUAAAUGUUGUGGCAUCAAUCUGUACUCGCGCAUGAAAACCGUCAUAAAUAUUAGCAUAGUUAAAAUCGAUCAUUAAAAAAUUAUAAAUGUGGAUUAUGUGGACAAAUUGAUGAAAUCGAGUGAUAUUAUAUAUGAAAUUAUUCAUUAAAAUAUCCUUAUUUUUAGACUCGAAAUAUAUCUGCAUUAGAGCGUGUAUAAUAGAGUCUAGUAUAAAGAAAAUCCCUAG